AUGAAGGGUGAGAUUGAAGUUAGAGACGCUUCGAAUGAGUCGCUGGUUGUGUUCAGCACAUCAGUACCGAACGCGACAGAUAAUUUCGGUGGGAUGCCACCGAAAUGUUGCACCAUUUUCGGUUGGAUUUCACCGGUGAGAAACUUAAUAUUCGGUGGGGAUCCACCUAACUUAUUGCCGACCACAAAUUUAAUCCAAGUUAUUUUGAUCUUACUCCCAUUGAAGGAACAAAAUCAAGGUGACGCCCCUACUGAAGGCAACAAUGUGGGAACAGAAUGUGUAAUGGACUAUAGUGAUCAAUUCACAACUUAUUCGAUAUUCAAUGGUAGAGAUGCAUUACUUCGAUGGGCUCGUGAACAAGGAAAAUUGAAUAAUAUUGUCAUUGUAAUUAAAAGGUCUGAUUAUGGAGGUGAGGGCAAGAGGAGACCUCGUGUAAUACUUGCUUGUGAGAGGAACGGUAACUAUAAGUCUUGCAAGUCUAGUGAGACAACUGAUAUAAGGUCGGAUGCAAAUAGUGAUAUGAAAAAAUGUGCUAGGGACACUGGUACCAAGAAAUGUGGAUGCCCAUUCUUGUUAAAAGGUGUCAAUAUUGGUGAUGGGGAUGAUUGGAAGUUGGAGGUGGUUUGUGGAGUACACAACCAUCCUAUUUCAGAGUAUCUUCAAGGUCAUUCAUUUGUGGGGCGACUUACUGAAGAGAAGAAUGCCUUGUUGGUGGACAUGUCUAAGAGUUUGGUGAAACCCAGAGAUAUUUUGGUCACCAUUAAAGAUAGAGAUGCAAUGAAUGUUUCAACUAUGAAGACAAUAUACAAUGCUAGGAUCCGAAAUAGAACCAAAGAAUUUGCUGGGAGAACCCAAAUGCAACAAUUGCUUACUAAGUUAUUCGAACACAAUUAUAUUGAGUGGCAUAGGACAUCUGGUGAUAUUGUAACUGACCUGUUUUGGACACACCCCAUUAAUAUUGAUAUUUUGAGCGCAUUUCCACAUGUACUUAUCAUGGAUUGCACCUAUAAGACUAAUAGGUAUCGUUUCCCACUAUUGCAAAUUGUGGGGGUGACAUAUACUAAUAUGACAUUCUCUGUUGCGUAUGUGUAUAUGAAUGCCGAGAAGGAAGACAAUUACACAUGGGCAUUGACUGCGUUGAGGAGUUUGUUGGAUGAUAAUUGUCUUCCUGGUGUUAUUGUCACCGAUCGAGAGUUAGCACUCAUGAAUUCUAUUACGUCUAUAUUUCCGAAAGCACAACAUUUAUUAUGUAGAUGGCAUAUUAACAAAGGAGUGUUGGCAAACUGCAAGAAGUUAUUUGGGACCCUCAAACAAUGGAAGCAAUUUGAUGAGGAUUGGAAUACUUUGGAUAGGUUUGUGGCCGCAUGGAUAGACACUUGUAUGCAUCUUGGAUCGACGAUCUCAAAUAGAGCGGAAAGUGCACAUGUAAAGUUGAAGCGACAGCUCCGCUCAAGCCAACUUAACUUUGAGAGAUCAUGGGUAACUAUACACUCAUUGUUAGAGCUAGAGCACACAGAGAUUAAGGCAUUUUUUGAAAAGAGUCGAUGUUUUAUUCAACAUAGGUUCAGGCAUCCGGAGUUGAGAGAGUUAGUAGGUUUUGUUUCUAUAAAGGCUUUGAGUGUAAUUGUGUGCGAGCUAGAAAGGUUAGAGACAGAUAGGGUGGAUGCUUUGUCAUGUGGUUGUGCUAUUCGUCGAACCCACCAAUUACCAUGUGCACAUGAAAUUGCGGAGUAUAGAGAGCAUGGUGUACCAAUACCACUUGAUGUCGUGCAUUCACAUUGGAGGAAAUUAGAUAUCAUCAAUAUAGGAAACAGUAGUCAUGGCACAACUUCACCAGGAAGGUCACAACUACAAAGAUUCAAUAUGUGGUAUGAACAACAAGAUGGUGAGAAGAAGAGACAAGCCCACAUGACACUGGAGGAGCUAAUGAACCCUGGUUCUAUUGCGCUUACUGAACCAAAAGAGAAGUUGAAGACCAAAGGGAGACCACGAAAAGUCGACACUUCUACUCGUCAUUUGCCAUUUGCAUUUGAGAUUGCUAAGGCCUCCAUUGCUCUACCUAAAAAUAAACCAAAGCAAAGCCUCACUUCCUCACUCAAAAUAAAACCGAAGAAAAGUACCAUUGCAGUGCCAAAAAAAAGAAACAUGGUUGCUUCUAGUUCCAUGUUGUCUAAUCCAAAAAAAAUUAAGCUCUAUAAGCCUCGUGAAAACCAGUCAACGUUCGAUACAUAUAUGCAUAUAGAGAAAUUCCCAAGAGGAGCAACCGCUGCACUAGACACAGGAAUGCCUAAAAUAGAUGACACAUCAUCCAAUGUGAUGGUCAUCUCACCAAAAGACAUGUGA